AGUAGCAGCAGCAGCAGUAGCAGCAGCAGCAGCAGCAGCAGUAGUAGUAGUAGCAGCAGUAGCAGCAGCAGUAGUAGUAGUAGUAGUACUAGUAGUAGUACUAGUAGUAGUACUAGUAGGAGUAGUAGUAGUACUAGUAGCAGUAGCAGUAGCAGUAGCAGCAGCAGCAGCAGUAGCAGCAGCAGUAGUAGUAGUAGCAGCAGUAGCAGCAGUAGUGGUAGUAGUAGCAGUAGUAGUAGUAGUACUAGUAGUAGUACUAGUAGUAGUAGUAGUAGUAGUACUAGUAGCAGAUAUGAUGAUGUGAAGGAAGACGCAAGGAGUAAUGAAGAAGAAUUGGCUAAUGCGUGA